AUGCAACCGUUGACGCAGCCGGGUGUUUUUUUUCUCAAACUUUUGCUCAACGCGGCGAUUUGGGAGCUCGUUCGCUUCGUCUGCGCAUUCGUUACCCAUCGUGUGCUCCCUAAAACCGCCGGAGAGUCAAAGGAGACUCGAGCGGUUCGCAUCGACGCCCCAAAGCACUUCACCGGGGCGGUGCACGCGACGAUGGUGACGAUUCUCGCCGCAAAGGCGCUGCGCGCGGUGACGCGCGAGUGCGCGGGCGACUGGCGCGACGCGUAUUACCAACGCGGGCUCGGCGUCGGGUUGAGCGCGUCUACGCGAGAUUUGAUCGAGCGGACAAAUUGGUUGUUUUUGGGGUACCUUGCACAGGACACCGUGCACGUGUUGUUGGACUUUAAGCGUCAUCAAAGGGUGGACAUGUUGGCGCAUCACGCGGUUUUCAUCACGGCGAGCAUCCUUUCGGGCGCGUCCCAGACGAUGAUGUUACCGUUCGCGUGGCUACUCCUCGGCGAGGCGAGCACGCCGUUAUUGACGCUGCGGUGGGUGAUUCAAUCAGCGGCGUAUUCGGUGAAGAGCGACAAGGUGGUGAGCGUGGCGAAGGCAGUCGGGUUCAGAGGCGAACACGUGAGCUCGCCGAGCAACGCUGGGAAGCAGUUGGAGUUCUACGCCGGUCUCGUUCUCGUCCUGACGUUCUUCAUAGUACGUAUCGUCGCAUAUUCCAUCGGGUACACGCACAUGUUGAUGAUGCGGGUGAAGGGGAUGAUCGAUCCUGUCCCUUCCAGCGUCGCCGUGACGCUGAACGUUCUCGUCGGCGCCGGCGCCGGGCUCAACGUGCACUGGUUCGGAAUCAUGAUCCGCAAGGCCUUGCGCGGAGCCCCGAAACCAAAAGAGACGAAGAAAGAAGAAUAA